ACUGGGUACCUACGAGUCUAGUAAGAGAACGACGACGAUAGCGCAUGCAAUGAGCAGCAGCGAAGUGGACGAGAGUUGUAAAGUUUUGCAACGAAAUUGUGGCCCAAGCGGCAGAUGGACGAUUGCGUUGUUUCUAUCGUUAGUUGUGGGCAAUUUUGUGUUUAGCGGUUUUCUGUUGUGGAAGCUCAGUGUUCAGGAGAAAAGAUUUGAGAAAACCGUAGAGAAGUUGCAGUUGGACUUGCAGGAACUUCAAGUAGAAAAAGAGGAAAUGAAGCAGGUUUAUGAGACGUUGUCUGAGUAUGGAGGAGAAAGAGGGAAGAGGUCGGAAGAAUCUCCCAGUCAGUCGUCACAAGUUACAAUCAACAUUACACACGUAUUUGGGUCAUUGAUCAAACAGAUGUGCAAACCAGAAUCAGCAAUUUGUAUACCAGGUCAACCAGGAAGAGACGGAUUGCCAGGUUUGUCUGGAAAAGAUGGUUUGCCAGGUAGAGAUGGUUUGCCAGGAAGGGACGGUCCAAUUGGAUUGCCAGGUUCAUCAGGAAAAGAUGGUUCAACAGGAUUGGCAGGACCAGCUGGAAGGAACGGCGAAGCAGGAAGGAAUGGUGAACCUGGCAGUAAGGGAUCAGCAGGUAAACAGGGUCCACGUGGAAUAGCAGGUAGGAAAGGAGACAUGGGAGUGAGUGGGGAGAAAGGAGAGAAAGGACAAAGAGGAAAGAGGGGAGUCGGUGGACUGCAAGGAAUUUUGGGCCCUCGAGGAGAAAAAGGAGAAGAAGGAGACAAAGGUAAACAAGGAUAUACUGGUUUUAAAGGAGAGAAGGGUGGAAAGGGGGAGAUUGGGUUACAAGGAGGAAAAGGAAUGAAAGGAAUAAAAGGAGACAAAGGUGAACGAGGAUAUCCUGGUUUUAAAGGAGGGAAGGGUGGAAAGGGGGAGAUUGGGUUACAAGGAGGAAAAGGAAGGAAAGGAAACAAAGGAAUGAAAGGAAUAAAAGGGGAUGAGCAGGAUUUACAUCAAUUGUCUAAUCUCCCCAGUCAAUGUUUACCAGGGAAUCAUCGUGUUUUAAAUGAAACUUGGAGACAAACAUCUGAGCAUCAUUCUAAGACAGGUGUUCACUGUGAUUAUACAGGUCAUCCAUCCAAUCAACAUGGUUUCACACCAGGCUGGCAUUCAUUCAGUCCUACAAUAGGUGGAGCUAUGCCAGAGAAGUGCACAUCGGAGAAAUACUGUGGAACUGCUGCAUCAGGAUGGUUAAAAGGAUCUCACCCAAAUGUUAUUGGUCAAAAAAUUUCAACAGUUUGCUUUAGUUACAGCGGUAAUUGUUGUUUCAGGCAGACUAGUGUUGAAGUGAUCAAUUGUGGACAGUAUUACAUAUACAACUUACCUAACACUCCAAGUUGCUAUCAAGCUUACUGUGCUCGAGGACAGUGAAGAACAAGUUUCCUUUAUCAAAACCAUCACAUGUACUUAUCUUUCCAUUUUUGUGUGUAUCUAUGCUUCUCUGACUAGACAAGUGUCUGCUAAGAAUGAUUGUUGUAACAGCUGCUUGUUGUGUAGGAUUGCUGCAUACAGUAUGAUGUGCUGCUAGAUGGAAAUUUUGUUAUAAACAUACACAGUUUGUGAGCAGAAAUGUGGUUUGCUGUCUACAGUUAACAACAAUAUUUACCGGUGUAGCAAUAG